AAACUGUAUGCUGCUAGUGCAGUGUGCAUAUUUCCCCGCCGAGUCAAGCGGGAUUGUCUGUGUAUUUGGCGAUAAAUGUCGCACAGUUGAUCAGAUAUCGCAUAUGAUUUCAGCAACUGGCGUUAGUUAAGUUAAAGGUGCUUGCUCUCUGUGCAUGCUAAAAAGCUAAUCGACUAGCAGUAGUUAGCUUCAUUUCAGUGAGCUCCCCAACUAACAUGAAUUUCACCCUUGAUGCAGCUAGCCAGUUCUCAAUGUAGCAUUAGCGUCAACAGAAAGUCAAAGGCAGCCUAGUUUCCGACAUCAGUUGUAAUGCAUUGGGCUGCCCUUUUCUGUUGAAGUCUGAAGGCGGAUUGUCUGCCAGUGACCGUCUGAAUUUCAAUUCAGUUGUGUAUUUUGGCAUUGUAUUCUUUGCUAGCGGAUUUAGCUAAAUUUAGCGAUAACCACGGCGGAGAUAGCCAAGAAGCAGCUUACAAAAGCUCAAUGCACAGCGCCUUCAAGUCAGUGCAGUCUCUCGUUGUAGCAGAGUUGCUACAUUAUUGCCAGGUGUAGCGCGCGGGCAUUCCAUCAACCUGAACCGAAGUUGUCAGCUGUUUGUGAAUGAUGUUUUGAUGCUGUCGUGCGGGCAGGGAGGCGUUCCGAGAACUUGUCAUUGCGUGCCAUCUACCAACAAUUAACGAUGACAGCGAGUGCAGUCUUGUCGGCUGUCCUAGCUAUUGGAAUAACAGCACUUUUCUCGGCCGUUCACAAAAUAGAGGAGGGGCACAUCGGAGUUUAUUACAGGGGAGGUGCACUGCUGACCACGACUAGCAGUCCCGGCUUCCACCUUAUGCUACCUUUCAUCACCAGCUUCAAGCCUGUACAGACUACUUUACAAACGGAUGAAGUUAAGAAUGUACCAUGCGGCACAAGCGGGGGUGUCAUGAUUUAUUUCGAUCGCAUAGAAGUGGUGAACUACCUAGUGGCUACAGCUGUGUACGAUAUUGUUAGAAAUUUCACAGCGGACUACGACAAAGCCCUGAUCUUCAACAAGGUCCACCAUGAGUUGAACCAGUUCUGUAGUGUGCACACACUACAAGAAGUUUACAUUGGCCUUUUUGACCAAAUAGAUGAGAACCUGAAGAUGACCCUGCAGGAGGAGAUCACCAACAUUGCACCCGGCAUCAUCAUUCAGGCAGUUCGAGUGACCAAGCCAAACAUCCCAGAGACCAUUCGCAGGAACUAUGAGCUGAUGGAGAGCGAGAAGACCAAGCUGCUCAUUGCGGCAGAGACCCAGAAGGUUGUGGAGAAGGAGGCCGAAACGGAGCGCAUCAAAGCAGUUAUCGAGGCUGAGAAGCUUGCUCAAGUGGCUGAGAUCAAGUUCUCACAGAAAGUCAUGGAGAAGGAGACGGAGAAGAAGAUCUCAGAAAUUGAAGACUCUGCGUUCCUUGCCAGACAGAAGGCCAAAGCUGAUGCAGAGUUCUACUCGGCGCAGAGAGCAGCCGAGGCCAACAAGGUCAAGUUAACACCAGAGUACUUGCAGCUGAUGAAGUAUAAAGCCAUCGCCACCAACAGCAAGAUCUACUUUGGCAGCGAGAUCCCCCACAUGUUUGUGGACUCUGGCUCCUCGGGGACGCCCCUGUCCUCCAAAGCCAUGGACAUGCUGUCCGAGGGCGUCCUGGACUUUGAGUGA